ACAAAUUUUAGAAGAUAUUUUCAUUAAAUGUGUAUAAAAUGCCAGAAGCUUGUUUUGAAACUGACAAUUCUUCGAAUUCUUCCAAUACAAAUAAGAUUACAAUGUUUUCAUACGAAGGCUUAGCAAACAAAGGACCAAGUAAUUGGCACAGUAACAAUAAUUCCGCAGAAGUUUGUUGCUUCUCAUUAGAUCCAGAACAGCAACGUAGAGCAGUACCAGUAGAUGUCAGUGAUAUUAAUUUCAUAAACGGUAACGAGAAUACCUCUGGAACAACAACCAAACGAAAUUUUUGCUGUUGUUUGAAUGAAGCCACUGACUUGGAUUCAUGUUGGAAAUUAAAGAGACGACAAAUUAUUUUGGAGAGUUCAAACGCUUCAGCUAAGAAUAAAACGGACGAUGUUGCAACAGCAACGUUAAUACCAACAGCAGAAACAGUAGUAACAGAAAAAAGCACUUUACACUCAACAAAUGCUAAAAAAUCGUCAAUAUCAUUAUUGCCAACUCCACGAAGUCAAAGAAAUCGUUGUAGUGAUCAAUAUACAGUAGUCUCAGGUGGUAGAAAUGAAAAACCAACAGGCAGUAUUAGAGCACAAGUACACAAAAUAUCGACAUCCUUGCCAGCGACACCUAAUUUAAGUCAUCUGCGACGACCACAACAUUUGGCAUACAAAAAACUAUCACUGGAAAGUGACAAUCGUAACAAACAGAGCUUACAAGAGUAUUCCACUCCAAAAUAUCACCAACAACAGCAACAACAAAUGUCAACAACAACAACCACAACAACUUUCCAAACCUAUGCUAGCGUUUGCAGAAAUGAGAAUGUAAAACACCCAGAACAUAUGUUGCAAGCACAACAUCUGAUUGCUGAUCAAGCAACAAUUGCUGCGGAGUGUCUUGGUGCAAAUUAUAAGAACAGUGAUGAAGCGCUCAAUGCAAUUGAGUUGAAUACCGAUUUAGUAGCAACAGACACAGGUAUUGCAAUUGCAACUGAUAGUGAAAUCAUUUUCGCACAUAAUAACAAUAACAACAAUAUCAGCAACACAAAUCUAUUAGCAACAAAUGCAACACAAGCAACAUCACAAACAAAACUAAGUUUGCCACAUGCAAGUGGCCUGAAAAGCUCGCUCAAUUUUUGCGAGCAGUGGUGCUGCGAACGUGGCAGUCCGAAGAGCAAGAAUACUCACCAACAAAAUAUGCUCAAAAAUAUUGCUGAUGAAAAUUUAAAUUUAGAGGAUUGCUCCGAGCAAUCUUAUCGAGCAUAUACAGAUUCAGUAUCGAAUUUUUCGUCGUACGGUUUCGUGUCUGAUGAAGAUGAAAAUUUAAGUUCACGUCACGUAAAUACAUUUUUAGAAAAUACAUCCACUACACCAAUAGCAACUAUACCAACAACAAAUAUUGUGUAUAAUAACAUAAAAGAUAGUUCCACAAAUGUGGCGUCCCAUCUAACGCCAACAUGUACAUCAACACCGUUGCCUCUGUGUACCUUAGAACGAAUAAAAAACGCUGACUGCGCGAAUUCGUGUGGCAAUUCUUCGCCCACUGUUUGUUGUUAUACAAGUGACAAAUUCCCUGUCAAUGUUUCGGUCGGUACGCCACACACUAAGAUACCUUCUUAUAGUGCCACAAUAAUACAUCAUACUGGGCCACCUACUGCCCCGCUACCAAUACCGCAUGCGAAAUAUAAAUACGAAGAAAAGAAUUCGUUAGCAUUGCAGCCGUCGGAAGUGCGAACAUUUAAUUACGAAUCGGUUAAUUCGUUCACAUCCGGUGAAUGUUUGUUGUCAACGUCGUUGCCAAGAAAUUACGGUAGUGCCAAUAAUUGUGGUUACGGUAUACAUGGUAGGCAGUAUGACGACGGUGAUAUUGUAAAUAAAAAUCUACGUUGGCGUUUACCACCACCGCCGGUACCGCCGAAACCUAAACACGAUCAUACGCCUUCGCAGGCAACGAAUGAGUCGGCAACUGCGUAUGCUAAUUAUGAUCCAUACGAAUUCAAACGAAAAUUAGAAAAGUUCGAAAAACAUAAUAUACGUAACGAAAAAUCGCCUAACAUAAACCCCGAAUUCGAAGUCAACAACUUCGAAAAUACAAGUCCGUAUUACGACCACUUAGUUACAAGCACCCAUGAGCGCUCAGUUACGCCUGUUGAUUGUGAGUUGUUGAGUUGUUUUGGUAAUAGUAAGCACACGACAGCAACAGCACAAGCACCAGCCAACGCAACAGCGACAACAACAAAAACACAUAUACCAAUACCAACGUCGACAUCGGCAGCAACAUUUUCGCAAAAGAAUCAACAAAAUAUCGAUAUCUGCAACAGAAAUAAUAGCAACGUAACUGCAAAAUACGUUGUUGCACGUAGUUUAAGUGAGAGCAGCUGUUCGACAGUCGCCGACAGUGCUGGGACUGCCAAUGAAAAGUGUGCCAACAAAACACAAAUACAACAUUUAUAUCAACAGCAACAACAACAGCACGAGCAGCAGCAAUUUGCUGGUGACGUUGAUGUUGUUACUAAAAAUAACAACAACAACAGCAUUAAUAAGCAGCACGAAAAUAGUACCGCAACAGCACAUUCGAGAAGUAUUGCCAAUAAAAAUAAUAAUAAAAUAAAGAAAAUCCGGGAAACUAACAAGAAUUAUAAUUGUAAAAUAAAAGUGCGUCACACGAGUGUUAACGACUAUAAAUUGCCAGAAGAAAAACAACAGCAACAGCAACAACAACAACAACUGCAAUCGCAACAGCAGAAACAAAGUGAGCGAGAAUUACAAAAUGUGCGAACCUACGCGAGUGAACAACAAUUGCAGUAUGUAAAUAAUUUAACAAAUUCACCAUUACCUAAACAUACCCUACGCUAUGAUAAUCACGGUCGACUUAAAGCCGCGCAUAUAUCGCAUUUGUCUACGUCGUUAAGUGAAACGCGUUUAAAUCGUAAACAAUCCGCGACUGUAAAAACUGAACCCAUUAGCUUACCCCCCACAAAAAUAAAGGUACUUAACAGCAGUGCGGUGAAUAAACUCAAUCCUAGUUUGUGUCGAAAGUUGAAUUUUUUUAACGAAAAUUUAGAAUUAAAAAAAUUAGGGAACAAUUCACCACUUUCAGUAAAUAUUGAAAAUAAUUCAAAUAACGAGAAUAUAUCUAAUGACAAUGUUGAUACCACGGAAUAUACGAUCUCAACGAAACCGCUUGUUUCAUCACUUCCAACAUCACCUACAAAAACUCUAUCUAAUGCUAAUGUGACAAGUGGUGAAAAUAUCAAAAUUCACCAAAGUGAUCUCGAUUUAAGUUUUAUUACAAAUCAACAAACGGAACAACAACUUUUUAAAUCCUUUAGUGAUAAUGAGAAUUUCGUCCUGAAAAAUAAAUUAAUAAAUCAAGCUGAUGAAACCGAUCAAAUACGUUGCUAUAGUGAUUUUUCGUUAAAAUCGAAUUAUCCUAGUUCAUCAGUUGGUAGUUUGCCUUGUAAGUGUGCUUGCAAGCAAUUAAAUUCACCAACAUCACCAAUUUCACCAACGUCACCAAAAUCACUCACAUCACCGACUCAGUCAUUGACCUUGAUUAAUCAAAAAAACUCACACUCACUUCCCAGUGUCAGUGCAGAUAUUCAAUGUCCUUUACAUUGGCUUAGUAGUGAAACUAUUGAAACACAAUCAUCCUAUCAAAAAUACUUAGACGAUACGCAAUCGAAUUGCAGUGAUCAAACGACAAUUUUCCACAUUGAUAACGAUUGUCGUUCCUCAGCUUCAUCAGUACCAUCAGUGCAAUCUCUUGGUAAUAAUUUUUUACGUGGACCAUUGAUUUUGAAACGUGUACCAGCCAUACAAUCCUUUGGAUACAUACCAUCUCAUACCACUUCAGCAAGCAGUGCUAAUGUGCGUAACUAUAACGACAAGGAGUGUAAUAUGGAGAAACGCCGCAACACCUUGGAUCGUUUUCAACGUUUAGGAUUUGGGCGCAAGUCAUCACCCAGUACGACAGCACAGCAGCAAGAUGGCAGUGGCGGGUCACAAAGAAAUCGCAAAUCUUCGGAGAAAUCAGAGAGAUUAAAAGAAUUAACAGAACUGUUGCGCGGCAAUAGAUCAUCUCCUACACCACCGCCAGUGCCCCCGCCACGAAAGCCACGUAGUGGCACACAAUCUGCAUCGAAUAGCUUUGAGAGAAGUGACACACAUACAACAGCAAUAAAUACAGCUGCAAUCGAUAGCACGCCACUGUCAUUUAUGUCGAAGCAUGGAGAUGAUAUAAUACUGAUGGAUCAAGAUGAGCCAACCACUGACACAGCAACCAUGAAUAAUGCAAAGAAGCAUAAUAUAAAUACAAAAAAUGCUGCCAUUGAUCUUAAUUGUAAUAGCACUUCGCCACGUUCCUCCACUGCGACACGCUUUUACGAUACACUCAAACCGAAUACAAGUUUAUCGAACUUCGAAUUAUUGAUGUUGGGCAGAGAGAAAUCAAAAUCACCGCCACCCAUUGCAGAGGCUAAACAUGAGCUGGCAGUCAGUACGAGCAUAGAUACGAAACUGUCCAGACCAGAAUCGCGUACGGUAAUCGGUUCAUACGCACAGAAGGGUAUACCAUUUCGUUCAGCAUCGUUUUCGCAAAUCGAAUUAACAUCCGGUAAAUUUAAAAGGUCCGCUUUAAGCAUAUUGCGAGAUCGUUUACGGCGUGAUAAAGCGAUAGAGUCGACAAGUCCAACCAACUCAAUAGUUGGCAAUGCUAAUGUGAUUGUACCUGAGCAAAAAGAUGCUGCAGAGGUGAAGUGUGAGAAACCUAAAACAGAACCUGAUUGGAUUUAUAUACCUUUAAAAAGAACAGAGUUAAGUAUCAAUUUAAGUAAUAGUCAGGAGGGUAAGUGCUUAGAAGACGUUAUUGAAUCACCUGAUGGCAUACCUGAGGAAGAUAUUUUUAAUACCGAUACCGAACAGACUCCCAGUGUUACUGAUGAUUUAAGCAGAGAAUUUAUACUGAAUAGUAAUAUUGUAGCACAUGCAAAGAUGGAAUCCCUCACAGACACAAUACAAUCUGAAAAUGAUUACACUAUCGAUGAAACUCAAUUACCAGUUACGGUUGAAGCAGGUAAUUUAGUCGAAGCAACAUCUGAAUUAGCUACAGCAGCAACAAAUCAAGUGCACAUUAACGCAGCUGAAAUUGUACAAACUGAUCUUUCAAAAGGCAGUAUAAACAUAAUGUCGGAAAACAUCACAAUAGGAAGCACAGCACCUACAUGUAUUGCUCCAAAUUUGGCUACUUUAAUGGAAGAGCAAAUGCCUUUAGAAUCGCCACCAGAUAACUUUUUGCAAACCGCAACUACAUGUCUUAUACCGGUACCAGUUUAUGAAUGUGCAGCACAAGAUUGGAGAUUAGAAAAUCCCCCUCAAGAAUGGGUAGAAGUUGCACCUGAAGAAUUUGGCUUAGUGCCUGAAACUAUAACACCACUAAUAUCAUUGGAGGAUUGUGUGGUCGCAGAAACGACUGCAAUACCUGAUCAACGUGCUGAUGUAGUACCCAGGAUAUCAGUAAGUCGUUCAUCUGAAGAGGCGGAUGAUAAGAGUAUUUUGCGUAAGAAAGAAAUGGAAAGUCCUGUUGUGGUUGAGAGGCGUCAACAAUCUUUGGACUACCCCGAGGUAAAGAAACGAUACAGUCAUGAUGACAUGGAUAUAGGUAAAGAGAAGCGCACAUCACUCGAUGGUAUUACAACGCGUUACAGCGCAGAUGAACGUAAACGUAUUGAUAAGUCAAAGCGACGUAAAGGCAUGUAUAUUGAAAAUGAAGAUUGGGCUGAAGCAGCGCAGCACAACAAGGGUUUGGCUUUGGACAUAAACAUAGCAAACUUGAAUUCAAUCAAACAAGAUUCGCCUGAAGAAUGUGCGCUGAUGUUUUUAAGUAGCCCAACCGCUGAAGAUACUCGCACACCUGGCUCUAUGUGUUCUUUUGAUUUGAAUACGCCAGAUUCGGAAUGUAAUAGAGCACCGGUUUGGAGCAAAGAUCAGCGUUUAAUUAGUUUUAGUUGUCAAAGUUCAGAGGAGAAGGACGAUGCAUCCAAUUGUAGUGGUAGUGGCAAGUCAAUGCGUAAUAAUAAAACUUUUCCAUAUCUACGGAUGGAUUCAGUAUCGGAUAAUGAGUGCGAACGUAUUGUGACAUCUUCACGAGAACAUGCAAGCCCAAGCCCGGCAUCGAGUGAAUAUGAUUUCAACAAGCGAUAUUCUAAGCGACCAUUAAGAGGACCUUAUGGACAAAUGCUAGAAGCUGAAAUGAAAAAACCCAAUAAAAUGCAUUUUGAAGAAAUACUGGAGGAGUUGCGAGAAACUGAUGUCACAUCACAACCACGUCGCCAGCGUGGCGCGCACGAUGACGCAGGUGGUCGUAAUAUGCCACAACAUUCAAAUUCAAUGCGUGUACGUAAAACAAGUACAUUUUUGCCUGUACCCGCGCAUACACGUGCCGCCUCGACACCCUCGCAAAUCGAGAAUGUCAGCAAAAAUAUUGGCCACGGCAGCAAUAGUGCCAGCAUAGACAAAAUUAAUCCGCACGAGAAGCGCUACCAAAGCACAUUAGAUAAUUCAAUACGUGAUAAGGACAAUAAGCAGUCGCAUACUCAACAGCAGGCACAUCAUCCGCGCGAAAUGAAACGUGCAGCAUCUGAAGCGCCAACAAUUAAAACGCAUCACAAUAAACGCAGUCAAUCAAUGAGUAAUGACAAGUCCAACAAAUCUCAGCACCAGCACUUGCAUCAGCAAAAUCACAGCCUGGACCACACAACAAAAGCGGGUAAUAAAUCCAAAAAUCAGCAGCAGGCAGCUAAAAUAUUACCAACACAAGAGCUACUGGCGGAAUUAUUGAAAGGAUCCAGUGAGAAACUAUUGUCCGAACAACGUCAGCAAAUGUUUGCAGACACACGUACACAUGUAGUGCAAGAAAUCUUUAGAAAUGAACAGUCUUACGUUGAGUCCUUGGAAACAGUUGUAACAAAAUACUUAAAAGUGUUGAAGUCACCAGAACAUGCAGGCAUGAUAGAUUCACGCACUGUUGAUGAGAUUUUUUUCAUGGUACAAGAUAUACUGGAUAUACAUCAGAAGUUUUUGGCUCAAUUAAAAUCACGUUUAGAUAACUGGAACGCACAACAGAAAGUGGGUGAUGCAUUUAUGGAAACGUUCUCGAAACUAGAAGUGCUUGAAGUCUACACAUCCUUUGUAAAUAAUUGCAAUCGUGCCAAGAACGCCAUACGUACCACUAAGCAUCAGCGACCAUCAUUUGCCAAGUUUUUGGAGGCAACGUCGAGAGAGCAUAAAGGGAAAUUAACAUUAGACAAUUUGCUGAUAAAGCCAGUACAAAAGUUUCCAAACUAUGAGAUGCUUUUUCAAAGACUUAUUAAACAUACCGAUCACGAUCAUCCAGAUCAGAAGCACUUACAAGAUGUUCUCAAAUUAGUACAUGAAAUAUUGGUGCAUAUAAAUUGCAAAGAACGUGAAAUAUUAGAGAAUGGUCAACGUGAGGCUACACUGCGUGAAUUAGAAGGUGUCAUUGAGGGCAUUACAGAUCUGAUUGCACCCGAUCGACAAUUCUUGAUCUUUGAUUUAGUUUCAAUGCCAUCUGGACAAGGUGCACGUAAAGAACGAGGCUUCUUUUUGUUUAAUGAUCUGCUUGUAUUAACAAGUAUUAAGAAACGCAGUGGUACAAUCAGAAAACCUAACCCUACUACUUGUCCUGGCACUGUAGCAUCUACACUGGAUACUAAUAAAUAUAAGUUCCUUACAAAGAUCUCAUUGGAUUGUUUGGAUAUUGUCAAAACUAAAGAUGAAAACCUUAAGAGAAUUAUGAAUGAAAUUGAAAAUUUGGCUGAAGAUUGCAAUAAGCUGCAGCAAAUUAUGGAUAUAACCAUAACACUUAAACACCCACAUCAGUAUCUUGAGGAUGUUAUAAGAGAACUGCAUCGAGAUUUGCAACGUCAGCUAUCUGAAAGGCAAACCAAUGAUGCACAACUGAAUAUGCUGGAAUUGGCAGUUAAUUCACCGAACGGCACUCAAAAGUUGACAAUAGUAUUCAAUAAAACCGAAAAACGCACACAAUGGGAGGAAACAUUUAACGAAGCUAAACAAAAAUUAGCUGCUACAUUAGAACGACAUCAAAUUCCCGAAUUCCUGACAUCCAUACCCAUACGAAAAACGCGAGCUGGGCUGCAAUUCACAUGCGCCGCAGCCACACUUAGUGAUAAACGUGAUGUUUGGGUGUGUAACAGCGAUGGCUAUGUGGGACAAGUUUGUAUAAUGUCCUUACAUCCUGAACCAAAUGUGACAAGUUGUAAUGGAGUUUGUAAUGCUCGUAUAUUAUGUGUGGCUUCGGUCCCUGCUUAUAGUGGUAGCUCAGUUUCAUUGGAUCAACAACAGCAACGCAGUGGAACACCACAACAUCACAGUUAUACACAACAAUUGCGCGAUUACCGUAAAAGUAUUUCACCCAAUUGCGCACCAUCAACAUCAAUUGGCAAUUCAGAUAAGAAGAAAUUGCAAAUGGUAGCCAAUUCCAAUGGUAGUGGUACAAGUAAUAACAGUAAUAAUAGCAACAACAGUGAUAUCCAGUUAGACUUAAACUUAAGCUCAAGUGAUGAUGAAACUGAUGCUGGUAGCGGUGGUACAGCUGCUGGUACUAGCAGCAGUAGUGGCGCUAAUGAUCGUAUACCAAGUCCAGCACCCUCAACCCAAACCACCGUUUCAACAGCAUCAACUGCUAUAGUUGGUACUGUUGGUACACCUUAUCAUUCACAGCAGGACUCUAAUCCUGAAGAAAGCGAAGGCAAUCUUUCAACGAUGUGGAUUGGUACUGAAGAUGGUUGCAUACAUGUUUACAACAGCACUGACAAUAUUCGAAUUAAGAAAAAUAGAAUCAAAAUUGAACAUCAUUCGGCUGUGUAUUCUAUAUUAUACUUAGACAAUCGUGUGUUUGUAGCAUUAGCUAAUGGUGAUAUAUGUGUUUAUCUACGAGAUGGAACGGUGUGGAACACUACUUCAUCUCAUUGCCUCUCAAUAGGUACUGUAACAAGUCCGGUAACAAAAUUGUUAAAUGUACAUGGAAAGUUGUGGUGCUCAAUACAGGGUAUAAUAAAAGUUUUGGACGUAGAAACUUUAUUGGUUGUACAUCAAAUACAAAUAUCAUCAGACUCAAAGCCAAUAACAAAUAUGACUGUUUCAAAUAAUUAUGUAUGGAUAUCAAUACAGAAUUCAGCGCAUAUCAAAUGUUUUCAUUCCAUUAGCCAUCAAUUAAUAACUGAAGUGAAUCUAGCGCCUGCUGUGAAUAAAAUGCUUUCGAAUUGUGAUGAAAUAAUACGACAACAUAAGGCAGCUUGCUUACGUGUAACAUCGUUGCUGUCUUGUAAGGAUUUAAUAUGGAUUGGUACAAGUGCAGGCGUGAUGUUGACUAUACCAGCACAGGGAUAUGAAAAGGGUAACGCUACAAAUGUAGUACCCACCGGUAUACCACAUGGACAUACUGGACAUGUACGUUUCAUAACAUUUGUGGAAACAACAGGCAUAACGGGUGAUAAUAGUAGCCUUGGUGCUACAAAGGAUAGUGAUAGUAUUUCCAGUGCAGAGUACAAAAAUCAAAGUAGCUUAUCUAAAAAUCAAAAACCGAAAAAUGAGUCCAACAACAUUCUCAUUAUAUCGGGUGGUGAUGGUUAUGAAGACUUCCGAAAUUCCGGCGCAAAUUCAUUGAGUGAAAUUGCUGGCCGUGAAGACAGUACAAACCAUUUGCUUAUAUGGCAAAUUUGAAGUAGGCGACGCAAAAAUCGUUGGAAGGAACUACUUUCACGAUGGAAAAAUAACAAUUGAUAAUAAUUUAAUAGUGUAGAUGAAAAGAAAUGGAACGGAAACAGGGCUUAAACGACAUAUGAAGUGGCUUGAAUUUGAAGUGUGAAAUGCUAAUCUCAAGCGGAAAGAUAUUUUAAUAUAUUUUAAAAUACAAGUUUAACAUUUUAAAAAAUUUAUAAUU